AAAGUAAUGUUUAUAAUUAAAUGUUUGGGUUGUUUAGAUAGAGCCAUCUAGUGAUGCAUGGCAGCGGACCAAGCGAAAUACUGAACAUGUUCAUUAUGGCUGAUCAUGGUAUGCGGAGUUGUCCAAUUAGAUGGUUGGUUGGGCGUCACGUAGAACGCGAUACCAAAUAACCGAUGGUAUUUUAACCUAACACGUUAGGUUUUACGGAUCGUGAAUUGUUCCAAUUCUGUGGAAGCAGAGACGUUAUGUGCGAAGUGAAGAGCAGUCGGUGAGUUCUUGCAGUUGUUGGGCUCGGGUCCAGGCAAGGCUUGAUGAUCCUUUUGAUAGUUCGGGUUUUAUCUUUUUAAACUGUUUAUGCCAUUUUAGACGGAAUUGUAUGUUCUCGUGAAAUACAUUGGAAUCAAUGAUUUAACGAGUGGGGAGCUUUUAGUUCUGUGUUGUCUCACCGACGACAUUUAUGCGUACUCGACGGAACAGAAAAAAAAGGAAAAAGUACAAGAAGUGAUGAGGAGUAGCAAAAAGUUAGAGUGGUGAUUUUUGCAGAAUUCUGUUGUGUUUAAUUUCCACGACAUAAAUUGAGACUUCCCGACCGUCGAGUGUAACUGUUCUGUCUGUGAUUUGCUUUUGUAAUCCGAGGUAGAUUAGUUGUAUACACGAUCUUCCUUGCAAAUUCUGCAUACACCCGUCAAUUGCCGUGUGGACAACGUAUUGGAUAGAAAUUAAGACAGGUAGAAAUAAAGAAGAAUAGUAGAAAAAUCAAAAAAAGGAACAUUAAGAACAGCGAAAUGGAAAAACUCUGCUGUAAAGGAAAUACAAGAACUUUUGCUUAAAGUGAAAAGGUGAUAUAAUUCGUCAAUCCAAAGUAACGAGGCAAAAGUUGGAUCAGUUUUAUGAUUCAAAUGGUGCGAAACUGUUUUUCUUCCGAUCAUCAACUGCAAGUUUCGGCAACUUUUCGCAGAAAUUAUUGCACAAACAUUGAGCGCCGAUCGUCGGACAACGACGGAGUGUCCAAAACUUUCAAUAUUAAUUUCGGAUCUGAAAGUAGCUGAGAAUAGCGAACAAAACCAAUUGGAUCAUUGGAACAAUAGAUGACCAAAGUCAUACCAAUAUUUUUUUCCCCUGCAUAUAAAAUGGUGAAAAUUACAAUAUGGAAGAAAACUUUAACAUCCAUUAGAUCAGCAAUCAAGAAUCUACAUGUUCAAAUAAAACAAAUCUCAUCCAGCUAACUAAUUGCCGGAAGCCUUCUUCCAUUAGUUAUUAUUUUUUAAGAAUGAGAUCUAUAUGAAAAUAAAAGAAAAAUGUCUGGAAGAGAUGAAAGAAUUAGUCCCACACUGAGCAACACCGGUAGUUGCUCAAAUGAUUCAUCUGCAAAGUCCACAAGGCAAGAUGUAUUUGAGUUUGCAGUGCCUCCAGAGGCACCUGUAUUUAGCCCCACAGAGGCUGAAUUUGCAGAACCUCUAGUCUUUAUUGACAAGAUAAGGCCCAUUGCUGAAAAGUAUGGAAUAUGUAAAAUAAAACCACCACCAAAUUGGCAGCCACCAUUUGCUGUUGAUGUUGACAAAUUAAAGUUUACCCCCAGAAUCCAAAGACUAAAUGAACUAGAGGCCAAAACAAGGAUAAAACUCAAUUUCUUAGAUCAAAUUGCAAAGUUCUGGGAGCUGCAGGGUUCAUCUCUUAAGAUUCCCAUGGUUGAAAAACGUGCACUUGACUUAUAUACAUUGCACCGUCUUGUCGAACAUGAAGGCGGGUUUUCGAAUGUAUCGAAGGAGCGAAAAUGGGCUAAAGUAGCCGUAUACAUGGGUUAUCCUCAGGGUAAGGGAAUAGGAACGAUACUAAAGACGCAUUAUGAGAGACUUUUAUAUCCAUUUGAAGUCUUCGCAAUGGAAAAGAAAAUCCAGAUUCAUAAUAUUAAACAAGAAAUUAAGACAGAGGAUGAUGAAGAUCAAGAAUAUAAGCCUUCCAAAUCUAGGCUAUUAAAUACUCAACCAACUGUAAGUAGAAAAAAUUGUUACAGUAGGAGAAGCAAAGGAACAGCAGCUCCUGAGCCAGAAGUUGGUGAGGUUGUGAUUAAAGUGGAGGUGGAGAAUGUCACCAUCAAAGAGGAACCAACAUCAGAUUCUGAGAGUGACCAUAACAAAGAGUUAAAAAGAUUACAGUUUUAUGGACCUGGACCAAAGAUGGCUGGAUUUAAUUUGAAAAAGAAUGAUGAUUUUAAGCCAAGACCAAAAUCGGAGUUCGAUUUUGAUCCGCUGGCCAAAUAUAUUUGCCAUAAUUGCCGACGUGGUGACUCCGAAGAACAAAUGCUAUUAUGCGACGGCUGUGAUGAUAGCUACCACACGUUUUGCCUUAUGCCACCUCUGGCAGAAAUUCCAAAGGGCGACUGGUGUUGUCCGAAAUGCGUUGCAGCGGAGGUGUCCAAACCUAUGGAAGCCUUCGGUUUCGAACAGGCCCAACGAGAGUACAACCUGCAGCAAUUCGGAGAAAUGGCAGACACAUUUAAGUCUGAAUAUUUCAAUAUGCCCGUGCAUCUAGUUCCGACUUCAAUGGUGGAAAAGGAGUUUUGGCGUAUCGUAUCUUCUAUCGAUGAAGAUGUUACAGUAGAAUAUGGUGCUGAUUUACACACAAUGGAUCACGGUUCUGGAUUUCCGACAAAAAAUGCAUUAAACUUAUUACCCGCUGACCACGAGUACGCUUUGUCCGGAUGGAAUUUGAACAACCUACCAGUUCUCGAAGGAUCCGUACUUGGGUACAUUAACGCUGAUAUAUCAGGAAUGAAGGUACCUUGGAUGUAUGUAGGCAUGUGCUUCGCGACGUUCUGUUGGCACAACGAAGACCAUUGGAGUUAUUCCAUCAACUACCUCCACUGGGGUGAACCGAAAACUUGGUACGGAGUAUCCGGAAUGAAAGCUGAAUUAUUCGAGGAGACAAUGAAAUCAGCUGCUCCGGAAUUAUUUCAAACACAGCCUGAUUUACUGCAUCAAUUAGUUACAAUCAUGAACCCAAAUAUACUGAUGAACGCGGGAGUUCCGGUCUACAGGACCGACCAACACGCAGGUGAAUUUGUAAUAACAUUCCCACGUGCUUAUCAUGCUGGAUUCAAUCAAGGAUAUAAUUUCGCGGAGGCCGUGAAUUUUGCUCCCGCUGAUUGGGUAGCCAUGGGUAGGGAAUGUGUUUUGCAUUACUCUCAGCUAAGAAGAUUUUGCGUGUUUUCUCACGACGAACUCGUCUGUAAAAUGGCAACCAAUUCUGAGAAAUUGGACAUUACUGUUGCCGCAGCGACAUAUACUGAUAUGUUAAGAAUGGUGGAGACUGAGAAGAAAUUGAGGAAGAGUCUUUUGGACUGGGGUGUCACCAGUGCAGAACGCGAGGCAUUCGAACUGUUACCAGACGAUGAGCGCCAAUGUGAAGUAUGCAAAACAACUUGCUUCAUGUCCGCAUUGACAUGUGCUUGCACAGCAGAUGUCUUAGUGUGCCUGAGACACUAUGCCUCUCUGUGCAAAUGUCCUCCAAGCAGACAUACUCUGAGAUACAGAUAUACACUUGACGAAUUACUACCUUUAUUGAGAAGUCUUAAGCAAAAAGCUGAAUCAUUUGAUCGUUGGGCUGACCGAGUAAAAGACGUCUUGGAUAGGAAAAAUCCAAAAAGUGUAGAUUUAUCUGAAUUACGUGCUCUGUUAGCAGAGGCAGAUGGUAAGAAUUUUCCAAAGUCUGACUUACUACAGACAUUAGCACAUGCAAUCGAAGAUGCUGAAAAAUGUGCGAGUGUAAUCAAACAGCUAGAUUUCUAUAAGAUCAGGACACGAUACUCCUGUGACAACAGAAGCAAAUUGACGUUGCAAGAAUUGCGUUUGUUCUGUGAUGAAAUCGAUAGCUUAGCUUGCAUCCUAGAUGAAGAGACAAUUAUAAAAGAAUUAUUAAAAAAGACCGAUUAUUUCGAACUGGAAAGCAGAAAAUACCUAGAGAUGGAGGUUAAGGACUGUCCAUUAAAAGAAGUUGAAGAAUUAAUAGAAUUUAGCAAUGGAUUAUGCAUUCAAUUGCCAACCUUGAAACCUUUAAAAGAUAGAUAUAUACAAUUAAGGUGGGUAAAAGAUGUUAUUGAGACCAGAAAAAAAACGCCAGAAGUAGCUGAAAUAAGCACCUUAAAUAACUUGCUAAGAAGAGGAUUCAGUCUUCCUGCUGAUCCAUUGAUAGAAGAAACUUUAUCUGAUCUCCAAGCCUUGAUCACAGAUGCUGAAGAUUGGGAAGAACAAGCUCAAGCUUUAUUUGCAAAGCAAGGUGUAAAUAUUGUAACGGAAGCAGAAAAUUUAAUCAAAAUCGCGUCAGGUAUUGAUGUAUAUUUACCAACAGAAAAUCUCUUAGUGGACAGCGUAAACAGUGUGAAUGGUUGGUUUAAAGAAUUGCAGGAGAUCAACUCGUUAGAGUUCUACCCAUACCUUACUGCCAUCGAGGAUUUAGUUAAGAAAAGUAAAAAUUUUACUUUCCACUUGGAUGAAGUCGAAAGACUAAAAACGUACAUUGCUUCCGCACAUUCAUGGAAGGAGAGAACAUCUAAGACAUUCCUAUUAAAGAAUUCGUUCUUCACGUUAAUGGAGUCUUUGUCUCCAAGAACACAACUUUACCCCAAUAAGAAUAAGAAAAAGCCCAGCGAAGAGAAUACCAGGCUUGCUGAAAUUAUGGAUCCAGUAUCUGUAGUUACUGCAUUCAAAGAUGCUGAAGAUAAAGAGAUGCAGAUGGUAAAAGACCUUAUAUCUUCGAAUACAGCAAAAAAGAUUGAUGCAGAAGAUACCACAUUCUGCACCUGUCAGAAGGCCGUAUCCGGUGUAAUGAUGCAGUGUGUUUUGUGCAAGGACUGGUUCCACUCAUCCUGUGUCCAAUUGCCAAAAUUAGCAACAGAUCGUCUACGAAAAAACAUAAAACCAAUGUCUUUGAGAAUAGGAGUCAAAAAUAGUAAAUUUUUAUGUAUAAAUUGUCAACGAACCAGACGUCCGCGACUAGAGACAAUUCUGGGAUUGUUAAUGUCUUUGCAAAAGUUGCACAGUCGAUUACCGGAAGGCGAAGCUCUUCAGUGUCUGACCGAGAGAGCAAUGAAUUGGCAAGAUAGGGCUAGACAGUUUAUUCAAUCUCCCGAAAUUGCACCAGCAAUGAGUAAAUUGCUCGCCAUGGAAAUUAAAUAUAAAAUAACAAAAAGGGAAAAUAUGCCACCUCCUCCACCACCACCGCCACUUGAUAGUAAACCACAGCCUGAGAAGAGCAUCCAAGAUUCGACUGUUUCCGCAGGUACUGGAAUUAUCGAUGAAGACAUUUCUGAUUCCACUAUACAAUCCUUAUCAGACGACGACAUGGAGCAUGCAUACUCCAUGACAUUUUCUAAACAGGAAGAAGCUGAAUGCACUAUCACAAUCAAUCAAUCGGUUCGAGAGCAGAUCCUCGAGCUCAUUACAGAAGGAGACCUCUUGGAGGUUUCAUUGGAUGAGAAUGAUCAAUUAUGGCAAUUGAAUCUCCUUUCUAGAGAUUUGGAACAGGAACCUUUAAUUAUAGAUUUCGAUGCGGUAGCCGAUGUUUCAACUGCAACUGUGCCCAUAUCCACGCCUGUUAAAAAAGGUAAGAAAAGGCGAUCAGAAGAGCCAGAAACCAGUGGAUGCAAAGUAAAAAGGGAUGUGACCUCGAAGAAGGUUCGAGUGCCACGUAAAACAAAAGAAAAUACUAUAAGACAGCAAAGUCGUAAACGAAAAUCCAAAGCUAACGGUGAAACAAAAAGUGACGAGGAAGAAGACGACGAUGAAGGUGACGAGGACGCAAUGUGUGCAGUGUCGACGUGUUUGCAACCCUCAGGAGAUGAAGUUGAUUGGGUUCAGUGUGAUGGUGGCUGUGAACAGUGGUUUCAUAUGGCAUGUGUUGGACUUUCAGCGAAGGACAUUAAUGAAGACGAGGACUACAUUUGUUCAACAUGUUCGCCUGAUACAGAAAAACUAAAAUCCAUGUCAGAAACAAAUGAAUUGCAUGUUAUUGAGUUGAAGAGCUUAAAUACGUAAAAUACUAGUUUACAUAUCAAUGUUUUUUUUUUACUUAAAUUAGAAUUAAUUAAUUAUGAUUAAGAAAACAUCACCUGUAAAUCUAUUAUUUUAUAUCGGAUUAUUCGUCUCUAAAAUGCGAUUUCUUUUAAAUUAAUUUUUAUUUUUUUGUGAUAAUUUAGUAAGAUCUAGGGAAUCCAGGUUGAAAUUUAUAUUUUGGACUUGUACCAAAAAUAACUCAAUCGUUCCUUUACUAGGAACUUCCAGUGAACAGUGGAAGAAACUUAUAUUAUUUAUUGUCAUUUAUUCAUUUGUUAUUAUUUAUAACAAUGUUCUUUAUAAUUUAUGUUUGUGACUUACGUUUUCUAAUAUUAAUUUCUGCACAUUCGUAGACUUUUUUACGAUUUUCUUUUAUGACUAUCAUUACUUCUAUUAUUUUUAUUAAUUUUCCUGUUUGUUUUUUUUUUUAAUAGGAUGAACGGAACAGUAUUUUGUGGUUUAAAUGUUAAAAUAAGAAAGUGUUUUUCAAGAAUCGGACAAAACCAAAAAAAAAAGAA